CCAUCCACUACCCGAGGAGCGUGCCCGAGAUGUGGCCGGAUCUGAUACAGAAGGCCAAGGGCGGCGGCCUCGACGUGGUGCAGACGUACGUGUUCUGGAACGGCCACGAGCCCUCCCCUGGCCAGUACUAUUUCGAGGGGAGGUAUGAUCUAGUGCGCUUCAUCAAGCUGGUGAAGCAGGCCGGACUCUACGUGCACCUCCGCAUUGGCCCCUACGUCUGCGCCGAGUGGAACUUCGGUGGUUUCCCUGUUUGGCUCAAGUAUGUCCCCGGCAUCAGCUUUAGAACUGAUAAUCAACCAUUCAAGCUUGAGAUGCAGAAGUUCACCACCAAGAUCGUUGACAUGAUGAAGUCGGAAGGGCUCUUUGAGUGGCAGGGAGGACCAAUAAUCCUCUCCCAGAUCGAGAACGAGUUUGGCCCCUUGGAGUGGGAUCAGGGCGAGCCUUCCAAGGCCUACGCUUCAUGGGCAGCUAACAUGGCGAUUGCGCUCAACACAGGUGUUCCAUGGAUCAUGUGUAAAGAGGACGAUGCCCCAGAUCCAAUUAUUAAUACAUGCAAUGGAUUUUACUGUGACUGGUUCUCCCCGAAUAAACCUCACAAGCCUACCAUGUGGACUGAGGCUUGGACUGCCUGGUAUACAGGCUUUGGUGUUCCGGUUCCACAUAGACCAGUAGAGGAUCUAGCAUAUGGUGUUGCCAAGUUUAUCCAGAAGGGGGGCUCUUUUGUUAACUAUUACAUGUAUCACGGAGGGACAAACUUCGGGCGGACAGCUGGUGGUCCAUUCGUUGCAACUAGCUAUGACUACGAUGCUCCUAUUGAUGAAUACGGCUUAUUGAGAGAACCAAAAUGGGGUCACUUGAAGGAGUUGCAUAGAGCCAUCAAGCUUUGCGAACCAGCCCUGGUUGCAGGAGAUCCCAUUAUAUCUUCCCUUGGGAAGGCUCAGAAGUCAUCCGUUUUUAGGUCAAGCACAGGAGCUUGUGCAGCUUUUCUUGAGAACAAGGAUAAGCUAUCUUAUGCAAGGGUAUCAUUCAGCGGAAUGCAUUAUGACCUGCCUCCUUGGUCUAUCAGUAUUCUUCCGGACUGCAAAACAACAGUCUUCAACACCGCUAGGGUUGGCAGCCAGAUUUCACAAAUGAAAAUGGAAUGGGCUGGAGGACUCACAUGGCAGUCAUAUAAUGAGGAGAUUAAUUCCUACAGUGAGGAGGAAGCAUUUACAGCGGUAGGAUUACUGGAACAAAUAAAUAUGACGAGGGAUAACACAGACUACUUGUGGUAUACAACAUAUGUUGAUGUUGCGAAGAAUGAGCAGUUCCUCACCAGUGGGAAGUCUCCAAAACUCACUGUGAUGUCGGCUGGUCAUGCUUUGCAUGUUUUCGUUAAUGGACAAUUAACAGGAACUGUUUACGGCAGUGUAGAAGACCCAAAACUAACGUAUACUGGGAGUGUGAAACUAUGGGCAGGACGCAACACUAUUUCGUGCUUAAGUAUAGCAGUUGGUCUCCCGAAUGUUGGAGAACAUUUUGAGACUUGGAAUGCUGGAAUUCUUGGUCCGGUGAUACUUUAUGGCCUGAAUGAGGGAAGAAGAGAUCUCACAUGGCAGAAAUGGACCUAUCAGGUUGGUUUGAAAGGUGAGGCUAUGAGUCUUCAUUCACUUAGUGGAAGCUCAUCGGUAGAAUGGGGAGAACCUGUGCAGAAGCAGCCGCUGACAUGGUACAAGGCUUUUUUCAACGCACCAGAUGGUGACGAGCCAUUAGCCUUGGACAUGAAUAGCAUGGGGAAGGGGCAAAUCUGGAUAAAUGGUCAAGGCAUUGGACGGUAUUGGCCUGGCUACAAGGCCCCCGGAACAUGUGGUUACUGUGAUUACCGUGGUGAAUAUGAUGAGACGAAGUGUCAAACCAACUGCGGCGACUCUUCUCAGAGAUGGUACCAUGUUCCUCGCGCAUGGCUUAAUCCUACUGGGAACCUAUUGGUGAUAUUCGAGGAGAUGGGUGGUGACCCUAGUGAAAUUUCAAUGGUGAAAAGAACUAGGGGAAGUGUCUGUGCUGAUGUGUCUGAAUGGCAGCCGUCGAUGACGAACUGGCGUACCAAAGACUACGAGAAAGCUAAGGUCCACCUCCAGUGUGAUCAUGGGCGGAAAAUAACUGAAGUAAAAUUUGCCAGCUUCGGCACACCACAGGGGUCCUGCGGGAGCUACUCAGAAGGCGGAUGCCAUGCACACAAGUCGUAUGACAUAUUUUGGAAGAACUGCAUUAACCAAGAGCACUGUGCGGUAAGCGUGGUUCCACAGGUAUUUGGUGGAGAUCCUUGCCCUGGGACAAUGAAAAGGGCUGUUGUGGAGGUUAUGUGUGGCUGAACUGCCAAGGUAUGUUGUGGAGCAUGGUCCAUACAGGAUUCUGGCAACAGGUGAAAGUCACAGUGACCGUGACGCACAAACUGUCAGAAGUUACAGAAAUGAGUUGUAUUUUAGACCGAAUCAUCAGCGUACGUAUGUAUUUAGUCUAGCCUAUAUAUACAUGAAUUUGCACGGAUGGUUAGAUUAGGAUCUGUAGGUGUGGAAAAGGGUCUACAUACCGCUCGUCUGGUUUGCGGAGAGCCUGGAUGAGACUGCUGCUCACCUGAAUCCUCAAGUGCAAUGGCUUCUUCUGGAUUGGAAGAGGUCAUGUUCAUUUUUCGCUCAUUGAAGGAUGCAAAAUGUAAUGUGCAGGGGCACCACUCUAUUCAUGCAUUGCUAUCUUGAUUCAAAGUAGUGAAAACAGGAAAAUGGUUCAGCUCAUUAAUAAAAUUGCUCCGUUGUGUUA